GAAAAGACGCGUUUGAUUUAUUUUAUAUGCAGAUAUUUGUCCUCAGUGCCCACCAGCAUACGUACUAGCAUUGUGGAAAUGUUUAUAGUAGCAUACGUAGUGCCAACACAUACCCGAACAGGGUCAGACAAAGCCUUGGCAUAAUUCAAACCGCUAGUUGAAAACUAACUCCCUUCAUAUGUACAUAAAUUCUGUGUACUCCAUGUCGUUGGCGGGACUCCAAGCAGCAGCGGCUUCCCCAACCCGUAGUCUCCAGCCAGAAACCGCCAAUUGUAUUUAACACAGUUCCCUGAGCGAGAUCGGCAUCAAAAUGGCGUCCUCGUUGUACUUCUUUAUCAGCUAUGCCAGCUCUGCUGGCCAGCAUAUCUUCUGCUAAAGCAGCAAAGCAACUAAAUGCUUGCUGUGAUCCAAAUGCUUAGAGAGGAUUGCCCCUUACCUAUCCACCCCUUUCUUCUCUCGUUGCCUGAGUUUGUUCUACCUCUUCUUAAGCCGGCAACCUUACUAGCAGUCGCUCGCGGCAUAAGAGCGGCCAGUGUUACAUGAACGGAUAGAGCGGCGAAUGCUUCACACAUGUGCUACCCCUUAAACACUGCAAACGUUCACAGACUUCAUUGAGUAAUACGGCUGUCAGCUGUAUCGCUCCGACUCGGUCAUUACGGCCAGUGUGAGCGUAUAUCAGUUUGCUAGAGAGCGUUCGCAGUGAUUCUGGCUUGAAGAUCGCGAUGGAUGAACAUAAAGUAGUGCCGGAUGUUGUCGAUAGUGUCCCCGAAAACAUUGUUGAGGUGAACUACUCUGAAGGACGCGUUAAUCUUGGAAAUGUGCUUACGCCUACCCAGGUCAAGGACAUCCCCAGCGUCAACUAUACCGCCGAUAAUGACUCUCUCUACACUCUCUGUAUGACGGAUCCCGAUGCGCCUUCUCGACAGACACCCAAGUACCGCGAAUGGCACCAUUGGCUAGUGGGUAACAUUCCAGGCCAGCAGAUAAGCGAGGGUGAAACUCUUUCCGAAUAUGUGGGAGCCGGACCGCCCAAGGGAACUGGCUUGCAUCGAUACGUGUUUCUUGUGUAUAAGCAGCCCGAGGGCAGGAUCAACUUCGAUGAGAAGCGGCUAACUAAUCGCAGCGGGGAUAACCGAGGUGGAUUCCAUAUUCGAGAUUUUGCAAAGAAGUACAAACUAGGCGAACCCAUCGCCGCCAACUUUUUCCAGGCUGAAUACGACGACUAUGUCCCAAAGUUAUACGAGCAGCUCAGCGGCGAUUAAGUGGAAGUGUAUCUGCUUAAACGGCUCCCCAUUUUUGGAAACUUGCCCUCCUUAUCGUCGCUCAUUCUGUAAAGCCUAUAUAUCAAAGUUACAUCAGAGGCGAAAAUGAUGAAGAGUCAAGUUAAAGUGAUAAAAGGCAAUCACAAAAUCGGAGGAACGAAAAUUAUUGCUAUAUGCGAUAUGUCUCUAGGUACUCGAUGUGACAGUUCAGAAACGACAAAAAAACAAAAACAAAUAUGCAAUGCGAAAACAACGCCAACAACAACUGGCUUCAAAAACGUAGUUAUGCCCUAACAACUACGAACAUGAGCAGCUUUAUAUGAAACAGAAGGCAUAAGUUAAUAUUCAUUGAUCUACUAUUAUAUAUAACAUCUAGGCUAAUUUUUGAGGACCGGGCUCGAGUCCCUAUCAGUUAUUUUUCAGUUAUGGGAGAGCGAUUGUUAAUUUCCGUUUUCCUGCUCUCAAAAGAUGAAACACCAAUAAAGGGUUGUGUUGGUAAAGUGUUGGCACAUCGUGAAUGUCGACUAAGUCGUUGGCAUUUCUGAGGAAAAAGAGCGUAAACAUUUCGUAUUGUUCAUCAUGUAAAAAUGGAGAAAGAAAAAUAGGAAAGACGAAUAAUGAUUACUUCACUGGUCGGUGAUAGCCUUCGUAGGUAGAACACCGAUUAUCGGGUCUCAAGUAUCAAAUAAGCAUUCUAUAUGCAGCAAAUUUUCGAUGCACUGCAUCCUCUCAUCGUAAAUUAUGAUAAAGCACGAACGUGGAAAUGGUAGCAUACGUAAAAAGAUACGCAGAACAGGUUCUAUAUUGAAUCUAUUAAUCAUGUCGCACCUGAACAGUACCGCGUAUAUAAAUGUCUUUUUUACAAACGUAAAACUUUUUCCUUCCUAAGUAGUAUCUAUUUAUUAAUACUAUAUCAUAUAUAAUUGACGGAGCGUUUUAUCUGAAAGUCGUAUUACCGUUUUUAUUAAUAAAUGACAUCACCAGA